AUGAAACCUUCCUUGGAGGACGAACAAAGUUUUUUCGCUUUGACCUCAGGUGUAUUUGCAGGAUCUUCUUCUUCGAAUUUGAAAAUCACCGAUAUAGAUCCUAGACCUUCAGUUGAUCAAAGGGGUUAUAGAAGAUCAGAAGGGUUUGGAAUCAAAUCUCAAGCUGUUGUGGAACCUGAAUGGUCAAAUCAUGUGGGUAUGUUACAUGGUGCUGCUUGUGCUUGGUUGGUAGAUACAUGUACAUCAGCGGCUUUGGUAGCACUUCAUACUGAAACUUUUUGGGGUUUACCAAUGUUAUCAGGAGUUAGUACAAGUUUAGAAACAAAGUUUUUCCAUCCUGUACCAGUUGGUACGAAAAUCAAGGUCAAUUGUAAAGUAUUACAACUCACACCUGUUAUAGGAUGUAUUCAAUGCGAUAUCUUGAAUGAGGAUGAUAGGUUAUUAGCAAUUGGAUAUAAUACGAAAACAUGGCGUCGGAUGAAAUCUAAACUUUGA